AGGAACUGGUAGGAACUGGGGUGUAUCUGUGAUGACGAUACGCUGUACUGAGUCUACUGACUACUGAUGAACAUUACAUAACGUCUAAUAUUUGUGUGCUACGUUACAGUUAAGUUGCAUAAAUAUAUAUAGCUAAAUAUAUAUAGCAACUAGUCAUAAACAACUGCGUGUCGAGGAGGACAAACUAGUAUUAGUAUUGACCGCGGGGAUUGUUGCUGCGUAUCAUCUGUGACUAUAGUUUGAUGCAAAGCCAAACUGACCAACAAAUGUCAGGCAAUCCUCGCCCAACUGCAGAGUCUCAGAAGACUAUCGUGAAGGGAUCGCCAAGUAAAUAUGUAAAGUUAAAUGUUGGUGGUGCGUUGCAUUACACUACAAUGCAAACGCUCACAAAACAUGAUAACAUGCUCAGGGCCAUGUUCAGUGGUCGAAUGGAAGUUCUCACAGAUUCCGAAGGUUGGAUUCUCAUUGACAGACCUGGAAAACAUUUUGGAUAUAUCCUUAAUUUCCUGCGAGAUGGGGACUUGGCACUUCCAGAGGGUAGUCGAGAUAUUAUGGAACUGAUGGCAGAAGCGAAAUACUAUUGCAUAAAGGCAGUUGUGGAUAUGUGUCAGUUGGCCUUGAGGAAAAAGGAGCAAGAGCUUGAUCCUAUUUGUAGGGUUCCAUUGAUCACCUCACAGAAGGAAGAGCAGGAACUUAUCAAAACGACAACAAAGCCUGUGGUUAAACUUCUAGUCAACAGACACAACAACAAAUAUUCAUAUACAAGCCAAUCAGACGACAACCUGCUGAAGAACAUGGAGCUGUUUGAUAGGCUGUCACUACGCUUCAGCCGCCGCAUCCUCUUCAUCAAAGACGUGAUCGGCAGCAACGAGAUCUGCUGCUGGUCGUUCUACGGUCACGGUCAGAAGGUCGCAGAGGUCUGCUGCACCUCUAUAGUCUAUGCGACAGAGAAGAAACACACCAAGGUCGAGUUUCCAGAGGCACGAAUCUAUGAGGAGACGCUGAACAUACUGCUGUAUGAAAAUCGCGGUGAGGAGCACCGGCCGAAUCACGAGCUGAUGCAGGCCACCAGGUGGCCGGCUGGAUACCAGAGCGACGAAGAGGACACAAAGGAUCUAGAUAAAGUGCGCCGACACAAAACCUAAACGGUAGCGACAGCCCUUGUUCAUGGGAGCCACGAUCACAUCAGAGGCAAUAUGUAAUUUCGUUAAUGUUUUUUGUUUUUUUACUUUAGGAGAUGUUUUACAUUAGUACGUUUGUAAUCUUUCACUUAAACCAGACGUAUGAAUUGAGAUGUGAUUUGAACAAAAGUGUAUCAUGAUGAAGUUUAGAGAUCUUUCCAAUGAUAUGUAAAUACCAUGUCUUAGUUUGCUUUUAAUAUGUUCUAAGCGAACUCAAGGUUAAUUUUUGAUUUCUCUGCGUGGCGGGCUGCCUAUCUGUAAAUGUCCCGGUGUGUGUGCGUGCGUGCGUGCGUGCGGUAAUUGAAAUGAUAAAAUAGGUGGUUUUGUGGACAUUACAAAUUCAGAAAUGUUGGUGUUUAGUAAAUUUAUCUGUGGCGUAUUAUCCAUAAAAAACUCAUGUUAGGAUGAAAAAAACUAAAGAUUUAUCAUGAGAUAUGACUAGUAGCAGCAGCUGCAGCACAGAUUGUUAUGUAUAUAAGAAAUUAUAACAUUGAGUAAAAUGGUACUCUUAUUCUCUCUCUCUUUCUCUCUCUCGUUCUCUCUCCCUUGCUCAUGCUUUCUCUCUCUCGUUCUCGCUCCCUUGCUCAUGCUUUCUCUCUCUCCUCCCUCCCUUCCUCCUUCUCUAUCUGUCUGGCUGGCUGGCUGUCUCUCACACGUCUGUGUGUUCUCUCAUUGCUUCACUACUCUUGCUGGGUUCAGUGGUAGGCAUGUCGGACUGUGGGAAGGUUUGGUAUUUUGUGUUAAAUGAGAUGUAAAUGUUCCGUUAUCAUGACAACAUUGUAUUGCGUAUAUGGCCAGCUAUACUGGAUGUCAGCUAAAUAUGUUUUUUUUCUCAUGAAUCAACUAUCUAUAAGAACACAAUUGCACUCUACUUCUAAAUACAUAUGCUGAUGUUUUUUUUCCAACAAGAACUGGUUGGGAAAAAUUAAAGAUCUAUAUCUUAUUGCUUGUGAGAGACUGGAAAUUUCCUUAGGCAUAUUCUCUUACUAUGUGACAUAUCUUUGUUAGAGGUAUUCUGUCUACUUGAAUGAUGGCAGUGCCUAUACUAUAAUACAAAUAAAAUUGAAAGAAUAAAA